GCUCUCAAAAUGGCGGAGGAGUUAGAACAGAUUGAAAUUGGUUUCGAAGAAAGACUAGAAGAAAUCAACAACUGGCUUCGAAAUGAAGGAUACGAGAAAUACAAAGAAGCCAGACACCUGUCAGAGGAAGAAUCGCGCGAGGACCCUGAAACAGACCCAUUUAAGUCGAAGUACAGCGCCAGGGUUAUCUUGUCAGAUUUGAAAGCUAGACUGGCGUCAUUUCAAGACGAUGACAUUGCAAGUGAAAAAGUAAAGAUCUUAACAGCUGCCCUUGAUUACCAGAUUGGACAAAACUACAUUGAAACUGAGGAGCUAAGCACGGGUGAGGAGCACAUUGAACGGUGUAUUAGAGCUCUCGAGGAACAUCGGUUGGAUAAAAGAUGUUGUUCCAUUUGCUUGCAUGCUUUGAACGAGCUCGGAAUUUUGUGGUCUAAAAGAGGUGAUUCUGAAAAAGCUUUGGGAUUCCUGCAGGAUGCAGAGAAGUUGUAUCAUAGUUAUACUAAGGAAGAAGAAUGCGGCUCACCUUACGAAAUCCAUGAACUUUUCCACCCAAAAGACAACUUCCAUUCAGAUCAUGAGAGAGAACGAGCAUUCAGUGCAACCUUCACACAUACACUGUAUUACUUAGCACAAGUCAAUGCAGCCUUGGGGCAUUCUGAAACAGGAGCCAUGUACUGCCAUACGACUCUACGUCGUCAACUGGAGACAGAACAGUAUGACCCAGUAGACUGGGCUGUCAACUGUGCCACAUUGUCGCAGUACUACAUUACACAAGGAAACUACAUACUUGCACGACAUUGCCUGGCAUGUUCCAGUCGUGUUUUCUCUGGAGCUGAAGAAACUAAUCCUGUUGAGGCUGUGUCUGAGGAUGACAGCCAGGAAGAACGUGAGAGAAAGGAAAGGAUUCCUCAAAGGAAGGCUGACAUAUCCCGCUGCUGGAGUAAAUAUUGUAUGGAUGUGUUGAGGGCAUCAAGGGAUAAAUGUGUUCAAGAAUUGACAAGCACUGAACAAAACGAUGAAGAUCAUGACACAGAGAAAGAGAUUUCUGAUGAUGACAGUGUCAGAGGUGGAGAAGGGGAUGAGGAAGGUGACAGGAAAGAGCCCCUUCGAUUUGAGUCCCUGGAAGUGACAUCGCUAGAACAAUCAGUGCCGGACCACCUAAUAAAAACAUACGAUGAGGCGCGUGUGGUGUUUCUGGAGGGUCAAAAGUGGCUCAACAUCUCCAAGGAAUUCUAUGUACUGGACGGGCACGUGUCCAAUCACGUGGAAAUCUUGCAGGACAUGAGCCAGCUGUACAAGAUGCUGGCCUUCUUCGAUGAAGACUUCGAGAGGAGAUGUAAGAUGCACAAGCGACGGGUAGACAUGCUGACUGAAUUGCUAGUGGAGUUGAAUCCACAGCAUUAUCUCCUGGUGUGCCGACAGCUGAUGUUUGAAAUCGCUGAAGCGUAUAAUGAAAUGGUAGAUUUGAAACUGGCCAUUGUGGACGAAUCGGGCGGCCAUCCAAGUGUUCACGCGGUGAAGAAAAUAAACACGUUGAUCAACCAGAGCAUCAAGUUUUUUCAGAGCUUUAUUGAUUCAUUGAAGCACAAAGUUGCCUUCCGUGAGAGAAAUCUCGAACACUUAUGA